GUCAAUUGUCGUUUAAAUAGUUUGAAGAGAAAGUAGUUAGAAUUGACAACGCUAUACCUAUCGAUAUAUUUUUCAACUUUCACGAUAUACAUAAAAAAUAUCAUUAUAUUUAAUUUCUAACUUCAAUCGUGAGUAUUCAUUUUUGAAAAGUUGCAAAUCAAAUAAAAGUUACAGAUUUAAUAACUGAUUAUGGCUGAUAGUGAUGAUGAAUAUGAUAGAAAACGGCGAGAUAAGUUCCGUGGAGAAAGAGCAGAAGCUAGCUAUAGGGGAACAGAACGUGUAUCAAGACCGAGGGACGAUUGGGCCGAAAGAGAUUCUUGGCCUCGUCCCAGACCAAGAGAGUACAGAAGCAGUGUUCGCGAUAGGGGAUAUUCUCCAAGCUUAGAACCAGCACCGAAGCGAAUUCGUCACGAUUAUUACGCUGGUGGUGCCGAAAACUAUUAUAAUCACUAUGUUGGAGGAGGUACAUAUCAUCCACCAGUUCACAGGGAACCAGUAGGUAGUCAUAUAGAGGGUCAACAACCACCGAUGAUGUCGUUUAAAGCGUUUCUAGCCACGCAAGAUGAUAACAUAUCUGAUAGUGAAGCUAUAGAGAAAUAUAAUGAUUAUAAACUGGAGUUUCAACGGCAACAGCUUAACGAAUUUUUUGUAGCUCAUAAAGAUGACGAAUGGUUUCGACUGAAAUACCACCCCGAAGAAUCAGUUAAACGAAAGGAAGAGCAAAGGGCUGCAUUGAAGAGGAGAGUUGACGUCUUUAUAGAUCUUUUGAACGCCGGAAAAAUCGAUUGUGUUAAAGUAGAUUGUGCCGAAACCAACAAAUUAUUAAAACUCCUUGAUACUGUGGUUAUCAAAUUGGAAGGAGGAUCAGACGAAGAUCUAGCUGCUCUAGAGCAAGAAUACGAAGAAAUGGAACAGAAAUAUAGAGAACAAAAAGCGAAAGAAGUCGAAGCGGAACGAGCAAAAGAAAACAAAGAAGUAGAGAUUAAAAAAGAACCAGAAGAUAAACCCAAAUCAUCCGAAGAGAAAUCGAACGGAGAAGUUGUAAGCGGAUCAGAAAAGGAACCAGAAAAUAAUAAAGAAAACGAAGAAAAUAAAGAGGAAGAAAAAGAAACCGAAGUGGAACAAACGAAUGAGAUACCAAAAGAACAAGAAGCGAAAGAAGAAGGGGAAGAGGGCGAAGAAAAAAAAACUAAACAAAUCGAAGAUGGCGAAGAAAAACCUGUUGAAUCAGAAGAAAUUCCACCGACGAGCGGCGAACUUGAGAAAACCGAUGAAAAUGAAGAAUCGGAAAAGAUGGAAACCGACGAAUCCAAACGCGAGGAGACCGAAAAACAACACGCCGCUAAAAACAAAGAAAAGAAGCGUAAAAGAUCGUUUUCGGGUAGUAGCAGCGGCUCUUCGAGCAGUAGCAGCGAUAGCGAAGAAGAUCCGAAAGAAAAAGAGGAUAAACAAGAGGAAAAAACUGAAGAGGCGCAAGAUAACGAUAAAGAAAUACAUACAAUAGACGAAGAAGAAGAACCUAAAGCCGAAAAACCGAAAUCCCUGCAUAAAACGACUUCGAUCUUUUUAAGAAAUUUGGUACCAACUAUUACGAAACAGGAAAUUGAAACUAUGUGCUCUAGAUACGACGGUUUUCUACGUGUCGCCUUAGCUGAUCCCCAACCGGAUAGAAGAUGGUUGAGAAGAGGAUGGGUUACCUUCAAACGAGACGCUAACAUCAAAGAAAUCUGUUGGAAUUUGAACAACAUCAGAUUAAAAGAAUGCGAAUUAGGAGCAAUCGUCAAUAGAGAUCUAAGUCGAAGGAUUCGUCCAGUAAACGGUAUAAUAGCUCACAAACAAGUGGUUAGAUCCGAUAUAAGGAUAUCCGCAAGGGUAGUGCUGCAUUUAGAUACUAAAGCCGGUCUGUGGACUGAUGACGAUGAAAAUAAAGAAAAACCCCAACAGACUUUCGGAUUGGUAUCGAAUAACCCGGUAUUGCAUAACAUAACUGAUUAUUUAAUAGAGGAAGCUAGCGCAGAAGAAGAGGAACUUUUAGGACUCGAACCAACGACGGAUAAUCAAGACGCAACGGCUAUAGUGGAAAGGGACGAAAAUUUGAUCGCUGUUUUAGAUAGGAUCAUCCUCUAUUUGAGAAUAGUACAUUCCGUUGAUUAUUAUAAUCAUUGCGAUUAUCCAAACGAAGACGAAAUGCCGAAUAGGUGCGGUAUUUUACACGCUAGAGGACCGCCUCCUACUAGUAAAACCGACAUGACUCAGUUCAUCGGCGCGCCGAUCGAAAAUAAAAUGGCCGCUUUCCUACCAGAUAAACCUCUAGAAGAAAAAGACAAGAACGAAUCGAAAUUGAUUAAUUUGGCGUUGAAAAACGUCGACGUCGAAAUCGACAAAUUCGUCCAGGCGAAUACUAGAGAAUUAGCUAAAGAUAAAUGGUUGUGUCCUUUAUCUGGUAAAAAAUUCAAAGGUCCGGAUUUCGUUAGGAAACACAUAUUCAACAAACACGCCGAAAAACUCGAAGAAGUCAAAAAAGAAGUGGAAUUUUUCAACAAUUACCUCAGGGAUUCGAAACGACCCAUGUUGGCGGACGUACCGCAAACAAAACAACGCGAAGAACCACCCGGUUAUACUCAUCCUUUCACUAGUGGUGGAUACGGCGCUCUGGGAGGAUACUCCAGACCGACACCAUUUUAUAACCAAGGAUUCGUUCCGAGGACGAGAGGAUAUCAACCCCGCGGAAGGGGUGGACCUACGGAUUUCAGACCGGUGAUUCACUAUAGGGACUUGGACGCGCCGCGCGAACCCGAAGAAUUCAUAUAAAUUUGACGUUUUUGUGACACAAAUUUCGGUUAUUACAAAUGCAUAAAAAAAUAUAUUAAUCACCGAAAAACAAACCAAAAUUUAAGCGUUUACUUAUUGUUUGAAAAGUUUUUAUAUUUGUGUGCUUUUCUAAAUGAUUAAAGCAGUAGAUAG